AUGGCCAUGCCAACGCCUGAAGAGAUUGAGUGGAUGGAAGCUCACAUCAAAGACUCACUGGUACCCGAUUUAAUUGCUUGCUGCACUAUCUCAACUUUCUUUGCGACUCUGGCGGUCGCAUUACGGGUGUGGUCACGCUUCCAGCACUCGCCGAAGCUGGUUCUCAGCGACUGGCUGACCAUUCUCAGCUUGCUAUUCUACGUCGCCUUUACCACUGUUUUCGCUUUCUCGACGCGAUAUGGCGCUGGCAGGAUGAUGAUCCUGAUCAAAGACCCUUAUGACAUGCGCAUGCUGGCAAUUCUCAAUAUCCUCAACGUCAUUCUCUACGGAAUCGCUACCGCAUUCGUCAAGGGAAGCAUCCUCGCCCUCUACUACGCCAUCUUCCCCCAACAAGGCUUCCGAAUUUACAUUUGGGUCCUUGGCGUCAUUAAUUUUCUGGGUGCUAUCGUCAUCGUUCUCGUUACGGUGCUUCAAUGCCAACCCCUUGAGAAGCUUUGGAAUCCAACGAUACAAGGCGGACAUUGCAUCGACUUUAGCAACUUCAGCCUGUUCAAUGUCGCGUAUAACUUUAUUCUCGAUAUUCUCAUCCUCUUGGCGCCUCUGCCGUUGGUGAAGAACCUCAAUCUUUCUCGACGCAAGAAGAUUUUCCUCGGCCUGAACUUUGCGCUGGGUGGAGGUGCCUGUAUUGUGGCCAUCAUUCGCCUCCCGUUCGCCCGCAAAGUCGGCGGGACAUCCAACCCCAGCUGGGACAUGAUUCCCGGGGGUAUGCUGUGUGUUGUCGAGGUUGUGGUUGCCAUUCUCUGCGCGUCUCUCCCAAUCUAUCGCCCACUCCUACGGCGCUUCGCUCCUGGUGCGGUGACCCGCGCUGGAACGUCCGCAUACGUCCGGAGCGGCGGCAAUAGCUCUGGCGUGGGCGGACCCUAUUCAAAGAGCGAAGUCAACACAUACAUUUCCUCCAGUGGGCAUCGAAGCCUACAAAAGGGAGGCAUUGCCGUCACUGACGACAUCAACAUGAUGUCCCAUGUCAAUGUUGACGGCAAGUGGGUGCGCAUCUCUGAUGACGACGACACUAUGCUGGUCCAUCCCUGA